UUGCCAAAGGUCAGUCAUUUAGUCCAAUGGUGUUUGUGUGUGAACACAGAGUUUCAUCAGAGCCACCAUUUCAUUUCGUUCACAAAGGAAAUAAAUAAACAAUCUAUCGCGGUCCUAACUCAAUGACAUCCAAAUAUGAUUCAAUCCAAAAUUCGGAUAUCCAUUCCAUCCUAGCUCAAAAGAAAAAGAAAAAGUUCAAAAAAAGAAAAGGCCCUACAGUCAAUUUUAGAUUUUUUUCCAAUCUAAGUCCCCACUCUCAUAUCUGAGUGGUAACUAUAAAAGCAGAGAAAGGCCAUCAUAUAUGAUGAGCUGCAUCUUUUCAGUGGUUUUGGGAGCAAAGGAAGCAAUGGGGUGUGGCAGAAUCCAGAUAAUUACUCUGUGUUCACUGCUGCUUCUUUUUCCUGUCAUUCAUGGUUGGGGAACUGUUGGCCAUCUCACAGUUUGCAGAAUUGCUCAGUCUAGGUUGAGCAAAGCAGCAGCAGAUGCAGUGAAGCAGCUGCUUCCUGCCUAUGCAGAAAAUGACUUGGGCAGUCUCUGCAUAUGGCCAGAUCAUGUCAAGUUUAUUUAUCACUGGUCCUCUGCCCUUCACUACAUUAAUACUCCUGACAACCUUUGUAAUUACCAAUACAAUAGGGACUGCAAAGAUGAAAAUGGAGAGAAGGGGCGCUGCGUUGCAGGGGCUAUUAACAAUUAUACCUCACAGCUUCUCACUUACAAUAGCCAUUCUUCUCAGCCUAAAUAUAAUCUCACGCAAGCGCUUCUGUUUCUUUCCCAUUUCAUUGGAGACAUCCAUCAGCCUCUGCAUGUAGGUUUUACUUCAGACAAGGGCGGCAAUACAAUUGAUGUUCACUGGUACACAAGGAAGCAAAAUCUUCACCAUAUUUGGGAUGACAACAUAGUCGAGACAGCAGAAGAGAGAUUCUAUGACUCCAAUGCGGAAGAACUGGUUGAUGCAAUUAAACAAAAUAUUACGACUGAAUGGGCAGAUGAAGUUAAGGGUUGGGAGACCUGCAGCUUGAAUAAGACAGCAUGCCCAGACGUAUAUGCAUCUGAAGGCAUUAAAGCGGCCUGUGAUUGGGCAUACAAGGGGGCAGAAGAAGGUUCAGUGCUAGAAGAUGAAUAUUUCCUCUCCCGGCUGCCAAUAGUCAAUUGGCGGUUGGCUCAAGGUGGAGUCCGACUAGCAGCCACACUCAACCGUAUCUUCGGGUGACAGCUUCGGGUGACAGAACAGUUGUUCUGCUUCAAGUUGAUUGGAUUUCAAGAAGCAUGCCUCCAAAUUUAAAACCAGUGUAGUAAAUUAUGUAUUGUCCAUAAAACUUUGGAGCAACUGAUGAAAAUAUAUCACUAUUUUCAAAGUAUAGUAAUCUCUUUGUUUC